GGAACCAGUUCUGAACCGGAGCAUAGCGAACGACCUGACGUGAAAAAGUGUAUCACAUAACAUAUUAAACUGGAACGUAAAUUGUCGCCCCCGUCGUGCCAGGAGAUUUGGUCCGGGAAAAACGAGCGAGGAGUAGAAGCGGUCAGGAGUACUCGCAAAGAAAAAGCUCCUCGCAAAGCAUACAAUCGUCUUCUACAUCCUCACCCACAUGCGAUUGAUUGAUUGAUUAAAAGCACGAGACCACGAGUUGUUGGGCGAGAUGCACUCAUCGCUCAACUGGACCUCCCGCCUGAUCUCGCGCGCCCUGCGCAGCAGCUUUUCCACACUCCUGGAAACAGCAACGGGCGGAGGGGCAGCGGCGGCUAAAGGUGCCAGCAAAUCGGGAGCAGGGUCCUCGGCCGCCCAGCGACCCCGUUUUGUGUCCGUCGUGUGCGGUUUCGCGAAGGACAAUCUGCGACACAAGUACAAGCCGGGAAAGUACGGUGAGGACUCCUGGUUCAAGGCCUCCACGGAGAGCGCCGAUGUAAUGGGCGUGGCUGAUGGAGUGGGCGGCUGGAGGAGUUAUGGCAUUGAUCCAGGAGAGUUUUCAUCUUUUCUGAUGCGCACCUGCGAACGGUUGGUGCAGUGCAGCCACUUCAAUCCCCAGCGUCCGGUCAACCUUCUGGCCUACAGCUACUGCGAGUUGAUGGAACAAAAGAAGCCCAUCUUAGGCAGCAGCACCGCCUGCGUUCUGAUCUUAAAUCGAGAGACGAGCACCGUGCACACGGCCAAUAUCGGCGACAGCGGCUUUAUUGUGGUGCGACAAGGCCAGGUGGUGCACAAGUCCGAGGAGCAGCAGCACUACUUCAACACACCCUUCCAGCUUUCUCUGCCGCCUCCGGGGCACGGCCCGAAUGUGCUCAGCGACAGCCCCGAGUCGGCAGACACGAUGAGCUUCCCGGUGCGCGACGGCGACGUGAUCCUGAUUGCUACGGACGGAGUGUUCGACAAUGUGCCCGAGGAUCUGAUGCUGCAGGUGCUCAGCGAGGUGGAGGGCGAACGGGAUCCCGUCAAGCUGCAGAUGACGGCCAACAGCCUGGCGCUGAUGGCGCGCACCCUGUCCCUCAACAGCGAGUUCCUCUCGCCAUUCGCCCUUAGCGCCCGGAGAAAUAAUAUCCAGGCGAGAGGCGGCAAGCCAGACGACAUCACCGUUGUCCUGGCCACCGUAGCGAUGUGAGGGUGGUAUCCCCACACACCCUAUCCUCCCUAGUGAUUAACGUUUACUUGUAGUCCGUACGUGUUUAGUUAGCUUUAGGAGCCUGUUCUGUGGUUCUGUCUACCGUUUAAGCUGCAUGUUGAGAUUGAGAUUGUGGAUAACGAGGACGAUGACGAAGACGAAGAAGACGACGAAGACGAACCUUUGAAUUGUUAGUUACAUAUAUAAACCCGAGCAAACUCUUUUUCGAAACGACGAACUUCGACGCAUCCUGGUGAGCGACCCCCGCCUUGAUUGUAUACAUAACCCUCGCUAUAAGUAGAGAAAUGCGAAUUAUCUGCCCAGGGCGAUCUCUGUCGUCAGUGGGCAUUCUAAUCACCACAAACCAUAAACAAACAACCGAUUGCGAAACAAACCCUAUGCAUACGAAGGUCCGGAUCUCGAUGGUGGACCCGGAAUGAAGCGAGUCGAGGUGCAGCUGUCUGACUGAGGACUGAGGACUAGCCAUUUUUACCCAGGCGAACUGUCUUUAAACAAUUUUUGUCGAAAUGUACUCACUGAUAUUUGCGACCCAAUAAAAUUAUUCAUUGAAACAACAACGAAA